AUGGACCAACAUCAAAAUCAAACAGAAUGCGAACAGGAUAAUGCAAUCAAUGCAUGCAGAGAAGCGAAAAAAGAAGUCGUGCAAACAAAUACUAAUUGUCCACAAACAAAUACCCCAGCCAAAUCAAACUGUGCAAGACUCGAUUCAAAAUGUUGUACUUUAUCACCAGUUUCACCAGGUCCUGUUGCUCAGUACAAUCCUUGUGAAAAAAUUCAAUACUGCACCAAAAGACUAUGUAAAAACGAAAAAAAUGAAUGUGGAAAAUCUGAAUUAACCGAUUACGGCAAAGAAUACGCAUCAAAAACCGGAUCUUUAAUUAAAAAUUGCUUAUGUGUGAAACAUAAUGGCCUACAGGAUACAUGUAAACAUCCUGGUUGUUGCACCAAAAUUGGAUGUUUGGAUAAUCCGUCCCCAACUUGCCCACCAGGAAAGAAAUGGAAAAAUGAUUAUAAUCGAAACAAUAGAAGAACAGACGAAUGUUUCGAUUAA